AAAAAUAAAAAUAAAUAAAAAUUGAAAUCGAAAGUGAUAAAAAAAGAAAGCUCUGAGAGAAGCAAAGAAGAACAUAAUAGAGAUAAUGUUGAUAACAGUGAGAGAAGCAGCAGCAGCUUCUCCUUUCUCUCCCAUUUGUUUAAAUCUUUCUUCUCUUUCUGCUAAUCCGAUUAAAUAUAAAAUUCCUUCAAGGCCUUCUUCCUACAGACUCAAAACUUGUGCCUGCAGAGCCUCCUUUUCUCUCCAAAACAGACCCACUUCCAGCACUACCACUACCACCACCACCAAGCCAUGGAACACUAACAGUUGUGAGGGCUCAGUUUUUGAUCCCUUGGGUAUUAAUACAGAUGAAUAUUCUGGUGUAAAUGCUGCUUGGGAAAGUAUACUAGCCUUGUUAUCACCAAUAUUUGAGAGUGCCUCAAGCACAAAAAGAGAUAAGCCUUCAGCUAGAGGAGUUGCUGCUGCAAUUGAGGAUAGUUCCAUUGAUUUUGGGGAUUUCUUUAAAGGCCCAUUGCCAGGAAAGUUUCUUAAACUAUUGGGAUUCCUGGCUUUGUCCCGUCUUGGAAUAUACAUACCUCUUGGUGGGGUAAAUAGGGAUGCUUUUGUUGGAAAUUUAGACCAGAAUAGCUUAUUGAGCACUUUGGAUUCAUUUUCUGGGGGAGGCAUUGGCAGACUUGGUAUAUGUUCCCUUGGUAUUGUUCCCUUCAUCAAUGCACAGAUUGUGUUUCAGCUUCUUGCCCAAGUUUACCCCAAGUUACAAGAUCUUCAGAAAAGAGAAGGUGAAGCUGGAAGAAAGAAAAUUCUCCAAUAUACUCGAUAUGCUUCAGUUGGGUUUGCUACAGUACAGGCAAUUGGCCAAGUUCUUUACUUACGUCCCUAUGUCAAUGACUUCAGCACACAGUGGGUUUUGUCGUCGGUUACUUUAUUGACACUUGGGUCUGUCUUUACAACAUACCUUGGGGAACGAACCUCUGAUCUAAAACUUGGAAAUGGCACAUCUCUUUUAAUCUUCACUAGUAUCAUUUCCUAUUUGCCAGCAUCUUUUGGUAGGACGGUUGCCCAAGCAUUUCAAGAUGGUAACUAUGUUGGGCUUGCUACGAUCAUCAUCUCGUUCUUCCUUUUAGUCCUUGGCAUUGUGUAUGUUCAGGAAGCAGAGAGAAAGAUUCCACUCAACUAUGCCUCAAGAUACACCAGCAGGACUGGAGGGCUUCAAAAAUCUGCUUACCUACCUUUCAAGGUAAACAGUUCUGGAGUGAUGCCAAUCAUAUUUUCUACAUCAUCAUUGGCUCUUCCUGGCACUCUAGCACGAUUCACUGGAAUAUCUGCAUUGAAGAAAGCUGCAGUGGCUUUGAACCCAGGAGGUGCAUUUUAUCUCCCCACCAAUAUUCUAUUAAUAGCCUUCUUCAACUAUUAUUACACCUUCCUACAAUUGGACCCUGAUGAUGUGAGUGAACAGUUGAAGCGCCAAGGUGCUUCAAUUCCACAGGUCCGACCUGGUAAAAGUACAGCUGCAUUUCUGAAAACGGUCCUGAGCAGGAUAUCAGUUCUGGGUUCAGGGUUUUUGGCUAUACUGGCUGCUGGUCCUGCUGUUGUUGAACAAAUAACACACUUGACCGCAUUUCGAGGAUUUGCAGGUACUUCAGUCCUCAUUCUUGUUGGCUGUGCCACAGAUACUGCAAGGAAAGUUCAAGCAGAAAUAAUUUCCCAGAAAUACAAGAACAUAGAGUUCUAUGACAUUGAUAAUAGAUACGAUUCCUAAAAGGCUCGUACUGAGUCCAGAGAUAAAUUCUUCAAACUGUACAGAGUGGAUGCUGCACAAAUGACAAUUUCCUCAGAUGACCUGGUGACACCUACUUUGCGCUGUUGUAUUAAGAUUCAGCGUAUAUAUUAUACAGCUGUGGCCUUGAUUGAUAACGGUGUGACUUAUGGUAUAUACUGCUGCUGCAGUCAGUGUUAUUAAUCUAGUCUGUGAGUAGGUAGCUGGAAAAUCCACUGUAUCCUUCCCACUUUUGUUGUCAGGAUUGUUUUAGAUCCUCCAGCAUAAUGUCAUUUCACUUGUUUGUUA